AUGAGGAUAUUUUAUUUUUAUUAUAUUAUUCUUCCUUCUAUUAUUAUUGGACAACAAUUUCCUAUUAUUGAUAUUAAUAGUGAAAUUAAUAGAAUUGCUUCACAAUUUCGUUCCUCACAAGGAUCUAUUCCACAAAAAUUAAUAUAUCCCUCACAAGUUAUUUCUAAUGGUUUUUCUGGUGGUAAUAGUUAUCCAAAAAUUAAUGAACGUAUUGAUGUUCCAACACAACCUCCAUAUAUACCACAUCAAGAAAUAUAUAAACCACAACCUCCAUAUGUUCCAAAACAAGAAAUUUAUCAACCAAGACCAGAACCUAUACAAGAAAUUCCUAAUCCACCACAACCAUCAAGACCUAGAAUAAUAACUACUACAGCUUCAUCACGAUUAGAUUAUGCAAUAAAUUAUUGUGAUACAAAAGAAUUUCCUGAUCAUGUUCUAGAAACAUAUAAUCUUAAAAGAGUUGAUUAUUUUAUAUAUAAUACAUCAUGUAGUCAUAUUUAUUUUCAAUGUUCAAUAGGACAAACUUUUAAAUUACAAUGUUUAACAUCAGAAUUAGCUUUUAAUGAUGAAGUUGGAACAUGUGAUCAUAAAAAUGCUGUUAAAUAUUGCCCAGAAUAUGAUCAUAUUCUUCAUUGUUCUAUUCAGGAUAGUUGUACAGAAAAUCAAUUUGCAUGUUGUGCUCAUCCACAAAAAUGUAUAGAUUUAUCACAUCGUUGUGAUGGUGUAAGUGAUUGUUCAGAUGGUGAAGAUGAAAACAAUUGUCCAUCCUGUGGAAGAGAUCAAUUUGCUUGUGUUAAAUCAGGUGUUUGUAUACCAGCAGAAAAAAGAUGUGAUGGUCAUCCAGAUGAUUGUGGUGAUGGAAGUAAUUUAGAUGAAUUAAAUUGUUCAAAAAAUUCAACAUGUUGGGGUAAAUUUAUAUGUGAUUCACAAAUAUCAAAAUCUAUUCUUGGUAGAACAGAAUGUAUAGAUUUAGAUAAACAUUGUAAUGGUGUAGCUGAUUGUCCAGGAAAAGAAGAUGAAAGAAAUUGUAAAGUUAAUGAAACCAAAUAUUUAUUAUGUGAAAAUCAAAAACAAUCAGUUAAAAAGAAUCAAUGGUGUGAUGGUGUACCACAUUGUAUGGAUAAAUCUGAUGAAAAAUAUUGUUCUUAA